GAAAUGAUGCCACAAGACAGAAUGCAUAGGACCUGCUGAAUUUAAAAGGGAGAAUGAGGAGGACGGGAAAGCGUCUCCCUGCUCCAGGAGGAAGCCAUUAGGAGAUGCUGUCCUGUAUUUGUUAUUCUCAUCUCAUUUUGCCAGGCUGAAACACCGUGCGCAGAUGAAGCUUGCUGGUGAACUGGAGGUGAUUGCAUUAGGGCAGCGCCGUUUCCUUCGAUGCUUUAAAGUGGGUGAUACAGAUCCAGCCGUUUCUUCACUGCACUAAUAAGCAGGGUAUAAUUUACAGACGGGCUCCCCCCUUUGGUCUCUCUUAUGGAUGUGGAUAAGAGGAUGGCAGCACCUGUUCUUAAUCUGAGCUAAAUCCAACAACAAAGAACCCAAGGACAAUUUGGUGCUGGAUAAGCAAGCUAGACGGGGGACAAAAUCAACUUGACAAUUCCCUGCGUUUUAUUUUCUCUCUCUGUGUACUACGGGAAUCGGGAAGACUUACAGCGCUUGCACAAUGUGCUGCAUGGAAAGAUUGAUUUGAAAAGUGUUUCUGAGUAGUCACCACAUAUAUGAUACUGGGGGAAGAAAAUCCUUCAAACUGUGUGCUGUGAUCGACAGGAAAGGAGAAAGGUUCUCUCCAAAAGUUGAUUAGUUUAAUGUAAAUGUGACAGUCUCAGGUCUCAUAACUGCUUUCAUAUCUCAACGCAUGUGGGCUGAGCUCGUCCCCUUAUCGGCUGAUUUCUGAAGGAAGAUGACUUCAAAGCAGGAAGAUGCUGCCUUGGCCAAUUUUCUUCAGUUCAUUGAAGAUAAGGGACUGAGGGCUUACGACGCUUUGGUGAUUCAGAAUGCCUCGGACAUUGCUCGUGAAAAUGAUCGCAUGCGGAAUGAAACCAAUUUGGCAUACCUCAAGGAAAAAAACGAGAGAAGGCGGAGGCAAGAGGAAGCAAUAAAGCGGCUAGGUGGAGAUGUGGGAAAAGGCGGCGAAGGCACUUGCAUGGGAAAGCACUUUCGCAUGGGAUUCAUGACGCUGCCAGCCCCUCAAGACCGCCUGCCGCACCCUUGCACCAGUGGCUUUUCAGUCAGGUCGCAGUCGCUUCAUUCGGUGGGGGGGAGCGAGGAUGAAAGUCACGCCUGCGUGCGCAAGCAGCCACCUCCAAAGCCCAAGCGGGCCCCCAGCACCAAGCUGAGCUUCUCGGCAGAGACGGUGAACGUGGGCCUGGCGUCAACACCAGGAUCGGGGGGAGGAGGAUGGUUGUUGGGGGCAGACGAGGCCCCAGAAACAGCGUGGAUGUCAGGAGCAGAGGGGGCACUGGGACCAGGCGCAACAGCAACUGGAACCGGAGGGACACCUGGAUUAGGAGGAACCACAGCAAUAGCUGGAAUGGGAGCGCCACUGGGAACAACAAUGAAAGAACUGGAAAAAAAUGCAGUAUUUUCUCAAUCUGGCUACAACGUAAAGGUGAUCCAACACUCUGGACAGAUGCUGGACCUUGACAAGCUGAUUUACCUUUAUUCAACGUUUCCAAGAGCAUCAAUGAAACCCAGGCCCCACAGUGAUGAAUACGGCAAGAAGAUCCCACCUCCCAAGCCGAGGCGUGACCCUAACACGCAGCUCAGCAUGUCCUUUGACGAAACAUACGACUCAAAGUACAGCAGUAGAAAGUCGACCGCCGGCACAAGCAGAGAGAACACUUCAGGACAAGCGUGUAGUCCGACUCGGGGAACUGAGGAAGAUGAGCCUGUGUAUAUUGAAAUGGUCGGGAAUAUAUUACGUGAUAUCAAGAGGGAAGACGAUGAUCAGAGUGAAGCAGUUUAUGAGGAAAUGAAGUAUCCAUUAUUCGACGAAGUGGUCCAGGACUUCAAAUGGAGCAGUGCAGGCCAAACAGACUGUCACUCCCAAUGUCCCACCCCAACUGUGCCUGAAGUGGAUAUCACAAAGCCAUCAAUCCCAACAAAGGGAUUAUUUUGUGAGAUUCCACCUCCAUUCCCAAACCUGCUCCCUCAUCGCCCCCCUCUAUUAGUGUUUCCCCCCGCUCCCAGUCAAUGCUCCCCAGCUUCUGAUGAAUCCCCUUUAACUCCUCUCGAAGUCAUAAAGCUUCCAGUCCUGGAAACAAGCAUAUCUUAUAUCAAGCAAGGUGGUGCUUCCCCAUCAUCCCUCCCUGCACAGUCGUCUGGAUACCAGAAGGUAGAAAAAGACUUGCCCUCUUCCCCUCCACUUCCAUCAACUCUUUAUAGGGCGCCAUCUCCUCAUAGUCUUCAAAGUCAUUUUAAUCACUCAAUAACCCCAUCCCCUGCCUCCAUGGGGAGGUCCAUGACUCCUUUAGGCUUAAAAAGACCCCCACCCUACGAGUCUAUACAUCCAACACCAAGGUGUUCUUCCGCAGUGCCUCAGACUACAAAACCCCCUGUACAGGAGGGAGGAAAGACAGGAAUUGUCUCGUUGUCCCAAGGAUCAGGGCAUAGUGGGUCACGCUCCAGAACACCAACCAGCCCCUUGGAAGAGCUCAGCUGCCUCUUUACCUCAGGAAGGAGUCUAUUGAGGAAAUCGGCCAGUGGGAGGAAAUCCAAGGACCCCAUGGAAAAAACAGGAGAGGACCAAAAGGUGCGGAGUAUCAGCAUUGAACCAUUGCCAAAGGCAGAGAGCAAAGAGAAAGGGGCCCACGGUGCUUCAGGAGAACUAAUCAAAUCUCAGGAAUGGGAUUGUAGCCCUGGACCACCAGCGACCAGUCGAAUGGGAAGGUCCUCAGUUAGCCCGACUCUGUUAGCUGGGAAUAACAGUUCCGACACCAUGCGUCAAGAGUCAAAGACGAGCUGUAAGCUUGGCCGAUCUGCUUCGACUUCAGGUGUGCCUCCUACAUCAAUCACCCCUCUCAGGCAGUCCAGCGAGUUGCAACAGAGCCAGACUUUGUACCAACAGUGGUUCUAUGGAGACAACACAAUACUUGAAAUGAUUGAGAAGAAGCGCAGUUUGUGCAAAGAGAUCAAGUCACGGCAGAAGCCAGAUAAAGGUCUUUGUAAGCAGGAAAGCAUGCCCAUCCUUCCAAGCUGGAAGAAGAACAGUGCAACAAAGAGCCUGAAGCUGUCAGCGUCACCCUGUGCAAAGCCACAAACUGUUCUCUGGGACACAGCUAUCUGAAGAAGUCCUCUGUGAAGCAUGCUUCCCCCAAGGUUUCGACCGCUGACCAUUCCAGGCAACCUCCAAGAGUAAUUCCCCAGAUGACUGUUCUUCAACCUUUGUCGUCCGCAUUGGUCCACCCGCCCGGGCCCUUCGACCCUUUCAACUCCAAUGAUUCAGUUGCCUUGAGGAGACCAUGGUUCACUGUGACUGGAGCCAACAUGUCACACGACAGAGGUUGAGCCAAUUUCCAUGCCGAGCAAAGCCCCUGGCAGCAACCCUGGUCCUAGCUGCCUUAACGAAGCACUGUUGUGAAAUGAUAUUUAAAAGUAAUAUUGCUAUAACAAUAAAUUAUCAAACAGCUGUGCUGUUAUGUGAAAGGAUUUUAAUAUAAUUAAUUUUAUGGUCAGCUUUUAAGAAAUUGCAAUCAAUCAGAGGCAGGCACGAGAGGAGGUGGUUGGUAGCAUGAGUCUGAUUCUUGACCACCAAAGGAGAAUCUCUCAUCUGUGAACCUUGUGCAACAAAAUCACUUGCCUCUUCUUUAACAAGAGAUUUUCGACAGGGUUGCACAUUCGCGAUAUUCUCUGCCUGCUCUUAAUAUUUUGUUCGACGAGCACUUUUUUAAUCCUAUUUCAAAAACAAGGGAAGAUGAGUUCCAAUGGUCAUUCAGUUUGCGAGAGAAUGGAGUGAUCCACCUCUUUAGUUACUGAUAAAUGCCAGCGGGACGUCACCCCGAUCUGCAGAGCUCUCUUUAAGGGGGUUCCAGUUGCUUUCCUAUGCAAACACCGGUGGAGUUUGGUAUGUUUUGCCAUUGUCUAUGACACAGCCCUGCUCCUCUCUCUGGUCUGCACUAAUUGAUAAUGAGUUUUUAAAAGGAACAUUUAUCAAAUGCUCAAAGCACUAGGAUGAGAAUCUUUUCACACUGAACCACCGGAUUUAGGUUUGUUUUUUGUAUGUGACUCAACAGUGGGGCCUAGGAGAGAUUUUCCUUUUCUGUGCCCAGGUAUAGUAGAUCAGAGUGUACACCUGCAAUAUGAUCCAUUGGCGUUAACCAUUUACACCACGGAAAUUCAGACUGACUCUUUCCCGGAUGUGUUGUCCAGAUGAUCGUUGGGCCUGAGCACUUUAACACACGCUGUGUGAACCCAGGAAAAUCUCCCCUACCCUCAUCAUAAUCUGUGCAAUGUAAUCUCAGUAGAAACCGUUAGUUCAUUACCUGUUGUGAAGUAAACAGGAGGAGUUGAAGGCUUUCAAAUAUUUUUUACAUGUGUAUUGACCUAUGAUAUAUCUAUAUAUAAAUAUAUAUAUAUAAUUAUGAUGUUAUUGUCUCGUAUUCACUUUUCUUGAAUUUUAAUAGUAUAAUUGAAUAUAGUGUGAACUUUAUAGUAUUUUUGUGUAAAGCACACUGUGAAUAAAAAUAGAAAAAAAAGCACAGUCAAAACACACCUAAUGAUUAUCACAGCCAGUGUAUGCAUCACUACAUAGAUUAUAGUUUUACAACAAUGCUAUUCUGCACAACUCGUGUAUCAAUCAUAAUGCGCACACUCAGUGAAAUCCAUAAACCUGGCAUGCAUCAAAAUGCAUGCAUUCAACAAUAGUCAAGCUGCACACAAUCAAAUCCUACCAUAUCAACCCCUCACCUAUUAUACCGUGUCUGCUCAACUUCAUUCAUAGUGCCUUUAUCCAUCAUUGAUCAUUGUCUACACAGCCAGUCAUGAUCUUGGUGCAUAAGCCUAACGUUAUUCAUAUUUUAUACAGCCGGCAUCUAUCAGAGAAAAGCCCAACACAAAUUAAUAGAGCAUGACCCUAGCAUUGAUCUCAGUCUCAAUCAGUGAUCGCUUGUGCAUCCCCUCCAUCAUUGGCAAUAUUUACAUCCCAACACCAUCAGCUAAAUGCACGUAUUCCUGCACGGAUUAUACCGAAUGCACUAACAUAAUAAGCAGCCGGUGUGCAGACCCUGUCAGUGUAGAUUGGUACAUUAAGGAGAUGAUGAGUUGGGGACAGCUCGCAAAGAGUCACUACUCUCCAGGGCCAUCUUGAUGGGGGAGCUCAUAGUAUCCCAGUAUCUUAACAUGAGUUGUUUAGUGUACCCUAACUUUGGUCAUGAUUCGCUAACAUACCCCAACUCUAAUAGAGCCAUUACACAAAACCCCAAUUGAACUAAUAUAUGCAUCCUCACUUCUUUCAGAUUCAAUUUUUAACCCUUAAAAUCCAUCAGAGCCAGGGUAAGCACACGAAGAUCACAGCCAGGACAAACCUAAAACAUUAUCACCAGUAUUUAAUUUCCUCCAAAAAUGGAUGACAUUAAAAUUUCAAUCCCCUAUACAUUUAUCCCGACAUAAUUUACCUUUGGGUCAUGCACUUCAACAUGCAUCACAGUGAAGGCAAAUAUUCCAAACUGAAUUUCAAAUGGUGGAUUACAGUCAGUCCAUCCACUUUCUUGCUCACAUAUCAAGCAAGCUUUCACCAGUUGAGUAACUCAUUUACUGUGUACACAUACAUACAAGUGCACAUAUAACGCACAAACAACAUAGUUAGAGCACACACAGAUGCAUGCACUUUUACACAUGCACACGCACGUGCACGCACAAACACACACAUGCAGACCAUGUCUUCUCGUCAUUUUAAAUACCAUGAUAUCAGUUGUAUUUUUAGAAAAAGUGGUAAUUUUCAGCAACUUCAAUGAAAAUGGUGUUUAAAUGAAAAGACCUAUUCUGAUAAUUUGAUCGUUUGUAUUUUUUGCAAUUCUUUUGGACAAAAACUGCGGAGAAUUCUUCAGUAGCCUAUGAAUUAUUCAACAUACAGAUGUGGGACUGAAGUGAGUUUCAUUGUUGCAACAUGUUCAUUCCUGCUCAACUGUUUACAACUAAACCUUCCAACAUUGAAUGUCCUUUCCAUUCCUCAGUGAUAUUCAAAGUAAUGUUAAUAACAGGCCAAGGAUUCUUGUGAACUUAUAGAAUGAAUGGAUGUGUGUGCAUUAACUUAUCGCCCCAUCAUAAUAAACACAGAAAUUUGAUAUGAAA